AUGCCUCGCCGUCUCCCUCCCACACCUCUUCGACUCGUGUCUGGACCCCUGCCGUCCAGGGGAAGGCCAAAGCACACGCUCCCUUCUCUUCCCCGCCCCAUAUUCCAUCCCUCAGCGCAAAUUACACGGGGUCCGACUCCGCGCGCGCGCGCACUUCCAUCUGAAAUCGACGAAAUUCGCCCUCGCGUGACGCAUGGCCAAUUCCCGCCUCUUAUUCUCCCCAUCGAGCGAGCGUCUAGAAGCGGGGAGAGUUCACCAACGUCGGCAGGGUCGUGGUCCAGCGGGAAGCGGUCACGAUCAUCAUCCAGAUCGCGCUCAACCUCGCCGGAGCGGGUUUUGCGUGGCCCUUGGGACCAUUCAUCCUCCAUUCAUGUGCCAUUCGACGUCGAAGCUGUUUUGGCUCCUCCGAGGCCGGUUGCUAUCAAUCCCACACCGGUGUGGUUGUAG